GUGUCGGGUGUUGUUUGCUUGAAGAAAAGUUCCCUGCUCAUGGCAUCGAAUCAACAGAGAAGAAAUGCAUUGCUAAAUCAACUAAGGUACAAGUAUGAAGAUGCAUACUCAGAGAAGGUGAGAGCUACUGGUACAUCUUCAGCAGCCUUGAAGCGUCAUCGAGCUGAAGAAAUUGAAGAUGUGCGUCAAAAGGAGUCCGAGAAGACUCGAAAAGCAGAGGCUUAUGCCAACAAUGUCUUGUCAUGGGGUGUUGGGAUGUACAAGCACUGCAAUGAGAUACAAAAGUUUCUUCAGACUUUGGCAACUAAGCAAGGAGUGCCUAUUGGAGAAAUACCACUGUUGGCGGUUCCACCUCCUUUUCGUUCGCUUUCUCCUCCUGGAUCAACGCAACAAUCUACCAUCCAAAUUCUAGAAAAUAGCGAAGAAUCGCCAGCUUUGUGUGCUCAACAAGAAACAAAUCCUAGCUCUAUUAAUGAACAUGUUACUGUUGCAAGUGUUCCUGCUGUAGACGAUGAAGGGAUGUUUGGGGGAUUUUUCAGUCAGUCUGGAACCGGUGCACUAAGCCUAUCGCUAUUGAGCAGAAACUCUAGUUGA